AUGCGCCGUGGCCUCACCGCCCCGGCGUGCGCCGUGACGUCAGGGGGCGUGGCCGGCGCGGGGACGCCACUGCGCAGGCGCAGGAGGCGGAGACGCCGGAAGCGGCGGUGGGACGGCUCCGCUCAGCGCUGGGCGGCCGGGCCGGACCGGGCCGAGGCCUCGUCGCAGCCCUUCGCUUUUUUCUCUCCGAAGCGGAGACGGAAUGGCAAUGAAGACGACGGUCACAUUCCUCAGACAAAGCGUAGUACCAGGAAUACUGUCCUUCAGGACUCUUGGGACACUGAGUCCAAAUGCGUAACAGAAUGUGCACCACAGCCUGGGGAAAUGAAGGUGGCUGUAACGAAAAACAGUAAGGAACAGAGACUAAAAGGCAACAAAGUGUCCUGUGCGUCCUCCAGCAGCGAUAGCGGCAGCAGCAGCAGCAGCAGCAGCUGUAGUAGCAGUAGCAUCAACAGCCCCGACAGAGCCUGCAGUGCAGAAACCAGCCUCAACCCCGGAAUUGCAGGAUCCAGUCCUGUCUCCCAGUCCUUCCACGAGCAGUCUGCACUAAGCCAAGGUCCUUACUUCCACAUCAACCAGAUCCUGAAGGAGGCACACUUUCACAGCCUACAGAGCCGGGGACGCCUUCCCACAUGAUGCCCCAGGGGUUCCCUGCCUUCUGUGAAGGGACAGCACUGUGGAGAUUUGAUAUUUCAACUUCAAAGUUUGUUAAAAUGGAAUUGCACAAAAAAACGCCUGUUGCCUUUUCAGUCUAUAUUUGAAAUAACAGGUUAACAGGAAAUUGUUUACUUGUGGUUUGCUGCACUAUUGCAAUGCAAAGGGGCUUUGAAGCAAUUUUUAUAGGAUUUGGGGGGUUUUUUUUGGGGUGGUUAUAAAGUACGUGUCAAGAGGAGAUGGAAGAACCCACAUCUGUGUUAUAGGAUCGCAAAAUGUCCAAUUCCAAUCGACUGCCUAAUCUGUCUGUUAGCAAUUUGUUGCUUUCUGUAAAGUUCUCUCAAACGUUCACCUUCAGUUUUAUAAGUCUUUUUUUUUUUUUUUUAAUUUCAAUAAACUAGUAAAAAGAUUAUUUGGCAACAUAAUUUUUUUGAGCAUUUAGAGUUAGUAAGAAAGAAUAGGUGCCAUCUCUGGAAUCCCUUAGGAAUGCUCCAAGCUGCAAACUCUCCACCCAGCUCGGUGCAGGAUGAGCCUUAUCUUGGUUCAUCUUUAGUGCAGUACUGAAAAAAAAAUGUGAAAUUAGAGCCAGGAGAGCUGAGCUGCGGGUGCCCCUGUAUUCCCAGGGAGCAGAGUCAUGGUGCCUGUGGAGAAAAGCACGGAGCAGCCUGGGGAGGGGCUUCAGAGAGAGAGAGAGAGGAGUUUUUGUUGCUCUGAUACCCAUUUCCAGCUGUGAAAUGUUUUGUUUUCUGUUACAGUGUGUAUGUUUGUUUGUUUGUUUUUUCUUUGAUUUGACUUUAACAGCUUGUGAGGAACAGGAGGUGAGAGAGUAGCUACACCUCUGUUCCAGCAGCCAGAGGGCAAGGACAGUCCUGAGCUGUGCCUGGUUCAAGUGACACACUGUGACCUGGCUUAAGGACGGAAAAAGGACUUCUCUUCUGCCAAAACCAGGGGUCACCAGUCCCUGCUCCGGGGGAAAAGGCGAUCUCAGUGAAGAGGAACACACAGACCAACUGUUUAUUUUGUGUCUCAUCACUUGGCCAUGCCAGAAAGCCAGCCCAGCUUGAAGAGAGACGGUGCAGCCGUGUCCUCCUCCUCGGUGACGAGCUGCCUGAAGAGAGCUCCAGGGCGCGACGCCUCGUCCUCCGCUCUUGGGAGUGCAGGAGGUGGAACCUGUUAGUUUUUAAAAAGAAAAGUGUGGUAACUAUUACAGCCUACCUUUGAUGUACUUCGUACCCUCAUCUAGAGGAGCUGCAGGGUGUAGACUACAGCAGGACAGCUCUCCCCAGGCAGCUCAAGCUGGAACCACACCAGGAGCGGUGUCACUCCCGGUGGUUAGUGACAGACAGAGGCAGUUCCGAGUGGCAGAAGCACAGCGCCUUGCUCUUGUUAGCAACAGGUAACUUUUCACACCAUUUAAUGCCCCCCCAAAAUAAAAAACCAUUCAGAACUGCAGGGAAGGGGCUGUUGCUCUCAGAGCAAGGGGUAACAGUGUGGUAGAAGUACAGCUGUGGCCCCUGCAGAGAACUGUUCUUGAGUAACUAUGGAUUUUAACCUCUUCUGGACUGUUUUAGCAUAAAAAGAAGCAGGGAGCAUCUGCUGGGGAUGCUGAGAAGUGUGGCUAGCGCAGAAGAUCCGUGUGCCAACCACAGCAGGCCAGGGGAGUGAGCCAGACAUCACUGCACACUUACACACUGGACUACAGCUGAGGUGUGAGAGGUAAAAGAACACCUUUCUUGGGAAGCUUUGGGCUUUUAAACAGCCCUUCAGCUGUGUCUGGUCCUUAGUCCUUCCAAAUAACGGAGAACAGGAGUCGCAGAGUGAAUGAACGUCAGCAUCUCAGGUAAUGCUCUCUGCUCUGCUAAUACCAGACCUUUACUCUUCUGUCCCAGUUGAAAAGAUGUCACCACGAAUGGAUUAUUGGGUUAAUAAUAGCUAAAGGAAACAGAUUACUAAUUACUGCUUCCUGGAGCAGCGAGGUAUUCCUUGGCCCUCUCAAUCCUCAGCACAGACAGCUCCAUUUAAGCAGAUGUUUUAAACUAGAGGGAAACGUGUCUACUGAUAAAUUUAUCUACUGAGAAAUCUCAGAAACAGGACACCACAGAGCCAUUGCGAGAGAAGCAAAGCCACUCUGCUCACACAGGCUUAAAUACCCAAAAGUCAGGCUUCCUUGGGAGUUAGAAGUCAGCAUCACACUGGAAAGGAGUUCAAAGAAUUAGCCAGUAUCCUUCAGCCUGUCUUGCAGCCGUCUUUAAAUGAAUUGUCUUUGCAUUGAUCUUAAACCACCUCAUCUGUACGAGUCUUCACUGCAUUUUCACGGUGGUUAUUGCCUGUGUUUUACUACAGAGCAGCGGCCCCCAAAAAUACAGGGGUCAUCGGGGGGUUUUUUUUGAGGGUGAAGGGGAAAUCCAAACCAUCUCAUGCUGUGUUGCCGUAAUGGUUCUCUCAUUUUACCGAAAAUAAACAAAAAAUCAGGUUAAAAUAUUAA